CGGGCAUUUACGUAGUCGCGCUUGCUACGCCCUAGAAAGCCAAGAAGAUGGAACCCCUUCCUUUUAGGAUUAAUGGCAAGUGAUACGACGUAAGUCAGUCAACAAAGUUAACAAGUCAAUUAACCUGUCAAUUAACCUGUCAGUUACCAAAACCAUUACCUACAAUAAAUAAUAAAAUGAGCCACAUCUUAAGCCUAACAUCGGCCGGGCACUGCGUGUCAUCGGCCGACGAUGCCUACCGUCGGUCAACCUCUCCUUGAGCCUUGGAGCCCUUGAGCCCUUCUGGGCAUUGCCGCAGAUCUACACAUACUACAGUUUCAAGUGAUGAUGCAACUUCGCCUAUAUAGAAUCCGCCGACAACUUCGGAAUAUAAAAGCCCUUCCGUCCCUAGGAUUUCAUGCGAAUACAACUUUAUCAAAUUUACCAAGCUCAAGAACCAAUUCACAACGCAUCUUUACUUCAACUCAGAAAUGUUGUCUAAAUUUAUUACUAUCCUGGCAGCGGCAUCUGCAACCCUAGCCAUCACUCCUCCAGGCUUCGAACCAGGCACAGACUCUACUCUGGUCGUCACAUAUGGAAAUGCCUCUGCAGAGGGUGGAAAUGUCUUGGAAAGACUAGACACCCAAAGCGUCCCUAAAGUUGGGACGCAGUCUAGAUUAGAAGGAUCUUCGUUUGCAGUGUUGAUGGUGGACCUCGAUAUCCCUACAGACAGCCCUCCGGCGACGAACACCCUUCUCCACUGGCUGCAGAUUGGGUACGUACAGGAUACAGUACCAGUGUCCGUCAAUACGGAUUCGGGCACUGCAAAUAGAAGUGCAUUCCUGUUCAAGCAGCCAUCGGAAUCCCCGGGAACAGCCGCAGAAUAUAUCGCACCCAACCCACCCGCGCGAAUCCCCCUCUCCCACCGAUACACGCAAAUCCUCAUCGACACCUCGGACGCUACGCCGGAAAAUCUAGGUGUCCUCCAAGAUGCAGCAGAAACUCGGCUAGGGUUUGACGUCCUCGACGUCCUGACGAAAGCUGGGCUGGCGGACAAGGUCUUGGCCGCCAACUACUUCAACGUGACGAACCCAGGCCCGGUGGAAAGCUCGACCAACUCAACCUCGAACUCAACCACCACUGACAGUACAGAGGAGUCUCCUUCAGCUACGACCCCGCCUUCCGCGGCGUCGAUGCAAACAGCCAGCGGGAUGCUUCUGAGUGUCGCAUUGGCGGGUGUUAUGUUCCUUACUCUAUAGAUUCAAGUAUGUGGAAGGAGCGGGAAGGCAAUUGACUGGCAUCAACACACGUAUAUAGUAUUUACUCACAUAGGGAAAUAACUACAUAGAAAAAAAAAUCAUGCAUACGUACAUAUGUAUACCUAUGUAC